GAGUGUACGGUGUACGGCAGAAGAAAAAAAGUGGACAACAAUGGGGCUCAAGUAUCGCAAAAGCUCCGUUAUCUCAGAUGUCGAAUUAGAUGUUGCACUCAUAAAAAAUAAAUAUAAAGGCAGAGUGCCGUGGUACUAUUCAGCCCCCUUCUUGCUAUUCUGGUUGGUGCUACUUUUCGCUGUCGUAGUGCCACUCUAUAAUCGACUGCCUGAACCCGUAAAUAUUGCGCAGGAGGCAGAGAGACCUGGAGAGUUUGUGGCAGAGCGCGCCGAGCGAUUACUAUAUAAAUAUGAUCUUAUUGGACCCAAAGUUGUGGGUAGCAAUGCCAAUGAAAUUCUCACCAUUGACUUUCUGCGAAAUGAAGUGGAAAACAUUCGCGCGGCAAUGCGUCAAGAUCUCUACGACCUAGAAGUGGAUGUACAGCAACCAUCGGGCGCCUAUAUACAUUGGACAAUGGUGAAUAUGUACCAGGGGGUACAAAAUGUAGCCGUAAAACUAAGCACGCGCGGCUCGCACAGUGAAUCAUAUUUGCUGCUAAACAGUCAUUUCGAUUCCAAGCCCAGCAGUCCGGGCUCGGGAGACGACGGCACAAUGGUUGUGGUGAUGUUAGAGGUACUUCGACAAAUGGCCAUAUCAGACAAGGCAUUCGAACAUCCAAUUGUGUUUCUAUUUAAUGGCGCUGAGGAGAAUCCCCUGCAGGCUUCCCAUGGCUUCAUUACCCAACACAAGUGGGCAAAGAACUGCAAAGCUCUAAUUAACUUGGAAGUUGCUGGCAGUGGUGGCAGGGAUUUGCUCUUCCAGAGCGGCCCCAACAAUCCCUGGCUAAUGAGCUACUACAAUAAAUAUGCCAAGCAUCCUUUUGCAACCACCAUGGCUGAGGAAAUUUUUCAGGCUGGUCUGUUGCCAUCCGACACUGACUUCAGGAUUUUUCGCGACUAUGGAAAUGUGCCAGGUCUUGACAUGGCUCAGAUCAAUAAUGGCUAUGUCUACCACACCAUAUUCGACAGCUAUAAGGUAGUGCCUCGUCGCUCGCUGCAGAGCUCUGGCGAAAAUGUUCUGCCACUGGUGCGAGCCUUUGCCAAUGCCAGUGAAAUGUACAACACCGAAGAACACAGCGAAGGACAUUCGGUUUUCUUUGACUUUUUAGGACUGUUUUUCGUGUACUAUUCGAAAACCACUGGCACUGCCUUAAACUGCAGCAUCGGAGUAUUGGGAUUGGUCCUGGUUUGCGUCUCACUUUGGCGAAUUGGUCGCGUAUCCGAUGUAUCCCUGCCUCAAGUCUCUAUUUGGUUCGGCAUCAUACUGGCCUUAAAUGUACUCGGCACCAUACUCUGCCUUGGCCUGCCACUGCUUAUGGCAGUAAUGUACGACGCUGGCGAUCGUUCGCUGACCUAUUUUACAAGCACCUGGUUGAUGAUUGGACUGUACAUAAUUCCAGCUAUUAUCGGACUAAGUCUGCCUACCACACUUUUUUAUAGUUUCAAAAGAAAUGAAAAUAUUAGUCACGACUAUCAUCUUCAAAUGAGCUUACAUGCACAUUGCGUCAUUAUGGCGCUGAUCGCAAUUAUAUUGAGUGCUAUAAGCCUUCGUACACCCUACCUAUGCAUGAUAUCCAUGAUUUUCUACUGCCUCGCCCUGUUGAUUAACUUGCUAAGUAGCUUGCAUGAUCGGGAAUACUACUGGGCGUUGAUUAUACAAAUAUGCCAUCUGAUGCCCUUCCUCUACUUUUGCUAUCUGUUUUACACUUUUCUGUGUGUAUUUAUACCUAUGAUGGGUCGAAAUGGUAGCGCCAUUAAUCCGGAUCUCUACAUUGCCCUGAUGUGUGGCGUGUGCACAUUCUUCGCUCUAGGCUUUGUGACGCCGCUCAUUAGCAUGUUCCGGCGUUCAAAAUCCGUACUGGCAGGAUUAGCAAUUGUAAUGUUUAUAUUUUGUAUGAUAGCUGUUUCGAGUGUCGGCUUUCCCUAUCGUCCAAAAACUAGCGUGAUGCGAGUUAAUUUUUUGCAAGUGCAACGCAUCUUCUACGAAUAUGAUGGUUCGGUUGUUUUGAAUGAUUCUGGCUAUUACUUUGAUUUUCAAGACAGACGACUAGCACAUCCCCUGAAAGACACGUCAGUUGAUUUGUCUGGUCUGGUCAGCAUUGAAGCUGACUGCGAUAAGCAUCUGAUGUGUGGAGUGCCUUGCUUUAAUCAUAGAUGGUGCAAGGCUCGCCGACAGGGACAGUGGCUGCCCCGGGCAGAGCCUGUCCAGGUGCCUGGUCCCUCCUCCUUGGAACUACUGAACAAGACUAUUUUAAAUAGCAAUGCCAUAAGGUUUCAAUUCGCUUUGAACGGUCCGCCUCAUAUGAGUUUAUUUAUAGCGCCUCUGAAAGGCGUUAGCGUUCAGGACUGGUCUUUCAUAAGAAACAUGUUAGACAAUCCAAACGAAUUCUCAGCUCCAUAUCACAUUUUCUUUUCCUACGGCAUCGACAAUUCCACCUUAAAUUUCCACAUAGACUUUGAGACAACAGAUGGAAACUUCAAUGUGCCGUUGUUUGAAUUGGGCGUCUCUGCGCAUUACGUUAGCUACGACUACGAGAGGGAUGCGACCUCGCAAAAAUUCAUAACCGAUUUUCCGGACUUUGUACACGUAAUGGAAUGGCCUACACUCUACAAGCGAUACAUAUUUUAAGUUAAAACCAUUUCUAUUACACGUCAUCUAAAUAUCAUCACAUUUCCUAAAAGAGAUUAUCACAUUUUUUAAAUCUAAAAUAUUUUGUUCAAAAGGUUUAAAAACACUACAGUUUGUGGAAAAAUAUAAAUAUGUAUUUUAGUAAGCCCUGCCGCGGCUUUAAUUUGACGAAAUUCAUGAACUCAUUGUAGCACAUAUUUUGACAUAUUAAAUAAGUCAACUCUGUAUGCCUAUGUUUUUGUUAUUAUAUAGCAAAUAAAAAAUAUUUAUUACACAAGAAA